UUCGUCCGAUUGACAGUGUCGUGAUUUCGUGCCGUGACAUUUUCCCUGCACUUGUUGGAAACAUUGAUGGACCGCGAAGAGUUGGUGUCGUGGGCCCCACAGAGCAGUUGUGUAGAAGAAGUGUAGUGUAGGGCAGCGUGUGUGUUUGCGAAGUGACGAGGCUUCAGUGUGCCAUUAAUACACCACCAGGCCCUUGGUAUUUUAUUAUUUCUGCGUUUCCAUCGUUUGCCAUCGCCACAUCCCUCGCGUACUCCUGCGAUCACGCCUUUCGCAGCCGCGUCAUCAUCGUCAUCAUUGCUUGCCGCUUGUCGUAGUCGUCGUUACCGCCUCUCACGUGUGUGCGCGCCGUGUUAUUGCUACGGUGGCGUUCCGCUGCAGCAGCAGAUUAAACAAAAAUGGAGUUUUGCAUUCACAGUGUAGCUUGAAGAAAGAAGACGAAGGCGGUCUGCACCACAGCGUGUGUGUGGGUAAUGUUCACAUAUAGUUGAAUAAUUGAUUAAAUCGUGAAUUAAACCAUCAUUCCGUCCCGGACAGAUGGUUGCCACGAAGACGAGUUUGUUCAUCCCAAACCAAUCACAUCACGAAAGGAUUCGAACGAAAUCCUAUUCGAUAGUGGCUCCAAUAGUGCAAUGUUCAUCGAGAAGGAGUGAAAUGUGUGGCGGAAUUCGAUUCGCUCUGAAUGAAAGUUAAAAGAGGAGUAGAGUGUGUAUCAAAAUUGUGCUGUGCAAACUUCGAUGAAGCCUGGCGCAAUUUGCUGCCGGUUUGAGCAUUUCCUGUUUAUAUACAUCGUGUGCAGAGAGGAGCCGACCGUAUUCACUUGCAUGCGGUGAAUUCGAGAGUGCAAAGAAUAUUGAAUCAAAGAGGAAAACCAGAAAAAAUAAAGUGAACCAGUGAAGUUGGUGGUGCGGUUCGGUGUUGAUGUUGCUGAUAUAAUUUCGCUCUCGGAAUUAAUUCAACCUAACAACUAGUUUGAAAGUCGUGCUCGGGUCUUUGUGCUGCUGCUGCUGAUUCUCGAGGCGGUUCUGUGCAUAAGAAAUAGCAGCGGGCGUUUGCGGAGUGUUUUGCAGGCUGUGUAUGCGCCAAUGUGGGUGCGUGUGUGUUCAAGUUGAAGAAGUUGGAGUCUCGACUCUCGACUCGCGCAAAGUCGACUCGAACUUGUUGAGGCGUGUUUUGGUUUGUAAAGUUGUGCCAGCACAGAAAAAUAGUGAUAACCAUCAUUAAUCUACCACCACCACCAAUGAAGAGAAACAAGCUGUUGUGAGGGAGAGAAAGGGAAAGAAGGUGGCGAAAAGUUUUUCAAUUUUUGUGCGCACGAAGAAUACAAAGUUCAAUCAGAGAAAAAGCAGCUAAAGGAAUAAUUCACGUCAUCGGCGUCAAUCAGCUGUCAGUGCCAAAGCACUCCACAUUCAUCACAUUGGAUUAGUCUCUGCACGCAAACACGCACAGACGACUCAUUUCGGAACAGCCGCUGCAGUCGUCGUCUGCUUGGCCGUGUGUUGGUCCCACCAUUCUGCGCUCUAUUUUGAAGAUGCUACUGUGGCCUAACAUGAGAUAACGCUAGCCGAAAAUGGUCCCAGGAGUGGGCGAAGUGUCACGAGCGCGGUUACUCACAUUUCUACUGGUGAUUCUGGCGGAAGUGAUAGCGCGCGCUCUAGGCGACCUCGCUCAGAGUUCCGGUGUUACACCGAAGCAGCUUCAGCACGACGAUGGCCAGCCGACAGACCGGUACAAAUUUCAGUUCGCUCACGCGGUGUACAACGUGUCGAUUCCGGAGAACAGCGUCGGUAAAACGUACGCCGUUCAGCCACCCAACGAGGAUCGGUUGGGGAUCUUCAUCGAUCCCGAGCUGGACGUUAAGUACAAAAUCGUCAGCGGCGAUAAAGACAAAUUCUUUAAGGCUGAGGAACGACUAGUUGGCGACUUUGCCUUUCUGGCGAUACGGUUGCGCACAAGCAACGUGGUGCUGAAUCGGGAGAAAGGUGACAGCUAUCGGCUAGAGGUGAAAGCCACGGCAACGAAACGAGAGGGGAAAAGCCGUAUUUCGCUUGAAGCAGACACAAUCAUCGACGUUAAGGUGCUGGAUACCAAUGAUCUCAGCCCGUUAUUCUACCCAACCGAAUACUCGGUAACGAUCUCCGAGGAUACACCUCUGCACAAGAGCAUUCUCCGUGUGAUUGCAGAGGACGCUGACUUGGGCUUGAAUGGCGAAAUCUACUACAGCAUCCUCGACGAGACGGAGCAGUUUGCGGUCCACCCAACCACCGGCGUCAUUACGCUAACCAGGCCACUCCGGUUCGUUGAUCGAUCGCUGCAUGAGCUAACCGUAGCAGCCAAUGACCGUGGCAUUGGAUCGACCAGUCGGAGCCAAGCCAGCAAAGCCCGGGUGAAAAUCAAAAUUCGACAGGUCAAUCUGUUCGCACCGGAUAUCUACGUUCAGGCUCUGCCGGAUAUUCUGGAGAAUUCUAAUACCAACAUUUUCGGUAUUGUCCGUGUCGAGGAUAAGGACAAAGGUAUCCACGGUCAGAUCAAAAGUCUCGACAUCGUGGACGGCGAUCCGGAUGGACACUUCCGGAUAAAGCCCACCAAUCUGACUGGUGAGUUUGUGAUAGAGGUUCAUCGGCUGCUGGACCGCGAAACAGCCCCGGCCGGCUACAAUCUGACGCUGAGGGCUGUGGACCGAGGUGUACCCUCGAGGCAGAGCUACAAAGUGAUUCCGGUGCAUUUGGCCGAUAUCAACGAUAACGCACCGGUGUUCAACAGGGAAAUCUACGAAGUUUCCGUACCGGAGACGUCUCCUCCCAACACUCCUGUUAUAAGACUGAAAGUAACCGAUAGAGAUGAGGGCAAAAACGCCCAAGUAUUCCUGGAGAUUGUUGGGGGGAACGAGGGCGGUGAGUUUCGGGUGAAUCCCGAGACAGGCAUGCUGUACACAGCGGUUCCGCUGGACGCCGAAAUGAAAGCUUUCUACACUUUAACCGUUUCAGCGAUCGAUCAGGGGAACACGGGCACCCGGAAGCAGUCCUCCGCGAAGGUGAAAAUAAACGUACAAGACACGAACGACAAUGAUCCCAUUUUUGAGACUAGCAACAUGACAAUAUGGGUCGACGAAAAUGAACCCGCCGGAACGACGGUCUCAAAGGUAACGGCCCGCGAUAAAGAUCUGGGUGAGAAUGCAUACAUAUCCUAUAGUAUAGCGAAUUUAAACGAUGUCCCCUUCGAUAUCGAUCACUUCUCCGGCGUGGUCCGGACAUCCAAACUGUUGGAUUACGAAAGCAUGAGACGGGAAUACAUACUGAGGGUGCGUGCGUCCGAUUGGGGCCUGCCCUACCGACGACAGACCGAGAUGCAGCUGGUGAUAAAGUUGCGCGACGUCAACGACAAUCGACCACAGUUCGAGCGGAUCGACUGCGUGGGGCGAAUCCCGAGGUAUACCCCCAUUGGGACCGAAAUUUUCACACUCUCCGCGUUGGAUUUUGACUACGGUAGCGUGAUAACGUAUCGAAUUGUGUCGGGGAAUGAAGAUACUUGCUUCAAUCUGGACCAUGGCACGGGAGUCCUCUCGAUCGGUUGUGAUUUAAACGAUAUCGGGGUGGAGUUUCGGGAAAUUAAUAUAACGGCCACCGAUGGAACCCAUUUCGCCGACACGGCGAGGAUUCAAAUCAAUCUGGUGCGGAACAAACGAAACUUGGGCGGGAACUUGAAGGCGGAAGACGGUGCUAUGUUCGAAUGUCGCGAGACGGGAGUUCGGCAGCGGCUUGUCGAUAUUCAAGCGGCGGCUGAGCGGAACAAUAUGCCGGGACGAGAUGUCAGCAAUGGGGACGACUUCGCCAUGAUGCCCAGUAGAUACGGAGAAAACAUUCAUGCGCCCGAGUUCGUAGAUCUUCCGCUGGAGGUUAAGGUUAACGAAUCGAUUUCGUUGGGAACAACGAUCACGUGGAUUAAGGCGAGAGAUCGAGAUCUUGGCUACAAUGGCAAGCUCGUGUUUGGGAUUUCUGGUGGUGAUGACGAUUCUGUGUUUCGUUUGGAUCCGGAUAACGGAGAGUUGAAGAUCAUCGGAUAUUUGGAUCGCGAACGACGUGAUGAGUACCUUCUGAAUAUAACGGUUUACGAUCUAGGUAAACCACAGAAAUCCAUCUCCAAGGUGCUUCCCAUCACGGUUCUGGACGAGAACGAUAAUGUUCCAAGGUUUGAGAAAUCCUUAGCUAGCUUUCGUGUGACGGAGAAUGCACUCAACGGAACAAUAAUCUUCCGCGUGAAUGCAACUGACGCAGAUUUGGGUAACAACGCAAAAGUGACGUACAAUUUGAUUACCGAUACGAAAGAUUUCCGAGUUGAUCCUGAAACGGGAGUUCUCACGGUUGUUGCGCCGUUGGAUCGCGAGCGCCAAGAAAUCUACGAACUACGAAUUCGGGCCACCGACAGAGGAGGUGAUCAGAGCACACCAGCCUUGCACUCAGAAGCUCUAGUGCGCGUCACAGUGGACGAUAUUAAUGACAACGCUCCGGAAUUCAGCAUUCAGGAUCUGAACGUGCGAAUCCGGGAAGAUGUGCCGAAGGGUACCGUGGUGACCGUUGUGUCCGCGAUCGACUUGGACAGCGGCCCAAGUAGUGAAAUUAUGUACAGUUUUGGUGAGAAUGGUGACGGCGAGGGUUCGUUUAAGAUCGAUAAAUUAUCCGGAACCAUCCGUACGGCGCGAAUGUUGGAUUUCGAAGAGCGGCAGAUCCAUAGUUUGGUGGUGAAAGCGAUCGAUAGGGGCACACCGUCGCUCUCUUCCGAAACUUCGGUGAUCGUUGAGGUGGUGGAUGUCAACGAGAAUCGGUACGCACCGCAGUUUGAAGAUUUUGUACUAACGGGUUCGAUUACGGAGAAUAAACCGCCGGGUGCGCAUGUGAUGCAGGUGAUUGCCAAGGAUCAUGAUCCACCCGGUCCAGACUCCCGGGUGAGCUAUUCGAUCAAAGGUGGUGACGGACUGGGAAUAUUCACCGUGGAUAAUGAAGGUCUCAUCCGGACACUCGCCUCGCUCGAUUUGGAAUCCAAACCGAAUUAUUGGCUGACAGUAUGCGCUCAGGAUCAAGCGGUGGUUCCUCUUCACUCCUGCGUUCAGGUGUUUAUCCAAGUCCAAAACGAAAAUGACAACGUGCCGCUCACGGAGGAUGCAGUUUACUAUCCGUCCGUCCCCGAGAGCAGCCCCAACGGAGUGAAAGUUCUGCAGCUGAUUGCCGAAGAUCGCGAUAUCGAUCCACUGCAGCAGAUAUCCUACCGCAUCACCUCGGGCAACCCGGAAGGAUACUUUGCCAUCAACAGCAGUAGCGGUUUGAUUACCACUACUGCAAGAAAGUUGGAUAGGGAAAAUCAACCCGAGCAAAUCCUCGAGGUUUUAGUGAUGGAUAAUGGCGCCCCGCAACUUUCUUCCACGACCCGAGUCGUUGUCCAAGUGGAGGACGUCAACGAUCAUGCACCCGAGUUCGACCAAAAAUUGUACAAGGUGCAAAUACCUGCCAAUGCCAAAAUUGACCAGCCAUUGUUUCAGAAUGAUUACGUGAGUGGCUACGACCACUCCGAACCAGAACCAGUGGAAGCUGGCCUAAUGCAAUCCGAUCCGGACGCCGGACUCGAAGAAGCGACGUGGGAAAACUAUCCGGACAAAAAUUUCAACGGAUUGCAAAUGGUGCUUAGGGUACUGGCCACUGAUCAGGAUAUUGGCGAGAACGGGCGCGUGACGUACUCCAUCAAAUCCGGGCGUGGGAAGGCAAAAAAAUUCCGCAUCGACCCCGACACUGGUAUAAUUUACGCGGCCAGAACAUUCGAAGUGGACACCGAGUACGACCUACUGGUGCGCGCCGAAGACAAUGGUGUCCCGAAAAAAUCCCAACAGGCACGUGUGAGCAUAGCCGUCGUGGAUGUCCCAGCCAAGUCCGAGAAUCCACCGAUGAUUAAAACAAUCGACCAACACGUUGAAGUGACAGAGAGUGAUACGCCCGGCUUUCUGGUGGCACUGAUCCAAGCCAUCGACUAUGAUGGCGAACAGCUGUGGUAUGAUAUUGUCGGCGGGGACGAGCGAAACGAAUUCUACAUCGGUCGGGACAACGGCAACGUUCUGCUGGCCAAAUAUUUGGACUGGGAAACACAAAAGGAAUACAAUUUAACGAUAAGCAUCUCGGAUGGGGUACACGUUGUUUACACGCAGCUCUACGUUUCUGUAAUUGAUAUCAAUGAUCACCGGCCGGAAUUUACCGAAUCCCUUUACCGGGUGGACAUCUCGGAGAGUAUUGAAGAGGGAACCGAGGUGCUGCAGCUGCACGCAACCGAUGCAGAUGAGGAUAAGAAAUUGUUUUACAGUUUGCACGCUGCACGUGACCCGGUUUCGUUGAAACUGUUCCGAGUGGACUCAGUCAGUGGAAGUAUCAUAAUGGCGCACCGAUUGGAUCGUGAGGCUCUUGCCGAGCACGUGCUGAUAGUUAUUGUCAAGGAUCAAGGAACACCGGCGAAACGAAAUUAUGCCAAAGUCAUUAUCACUGUUCAUGACCACAACGAUCACGCUCCAGAGUUCACUAGCAAGAUCGUUCAGGGGAAGGUUUAUGAGACGGCAACAGUUGGAACCAAAGUGGUUCAAGUGUAUUCGAUUGAUCGAGACAUCGGAGAUAACGCAAAAAUUGUUUACUCUAUCGUGAGUGGAAACAUUGGGAAUGUUUUCAGCAUUGACUCGAACAUGGGAGUCAUAAGCAUAGCUAAAGAUUUAGACAUAAGUGCGCUGUCCGAAUAUAUGCUACAAGUAAAAGCAUCCGACUGCGGAAAGCCAUCGCUUUCUUCACAAAUUCCAGUUCAUGUAAUGAUUAAUAUGGCCGACAAUGCUCCACCUAGGUUUAUAUCUGUUGACCCCGCUGCCGAAAUAUAUGAAAAUCUUCCAAUCGGAACGUUCGUUAUCCAUAUCGAAGCUCGUAGCACUUCCUCGCUCCAGUACGAAAUACUCGAUGGUAACGUGAACGACAUGUUCUUCAUCAAUCCGUCAACCGGUGUCAUAACCACCAAAGAUAUCCUAGACUAUGAGAACAACAAGUUCUACAACCUCACCAUCAGUGCAACGAAUAUGGCAUCUGCUUCCGCCAUAUGUGCAGUCAUCAUCAAUGUAUUGGAUCGCAACGAUAAUGUUCCGUACUUCGAACAGCAGAUCUAUAAGGGAGAAGUAUCUGAAGCCGCGCCGAUGGGUUCAUUGGUGUUAACAUUGAACGAAACCCCACCGAGUGCUAGUCAAAUGCUGGUGAAUGCUUCACUUCCGCUGGUUAUCAAAGCUAAAGAUGCUGAUUCUGGUUUGAACGCGUUACUGCACUACGAUAUUCUGGAGAUGCUGCCGAGGCGCUUUUUCCACAUCGACUCUAGCACCGGUGCGAUCAAGACAAUCACCCAUUUGGAUCACGAGAAGAUACCGUUCUUCAGUUUCCACGUUAAGGUAACGGAUCUGGGCAAACCACGGCUCACCUCGGAGACCACAGCCGAAGUGCAGAUCACCAUUAACGAUGUCAACGACUGCGCACCGGUUUUCACCCAGAAGGACUACAACGUAACACUUCUGCUGCCGACAUACGAAAAUGUAGCCGUCACUCAAGUCAGUGCAACGGAUCAGGACAGUUCGGCGAACUCCACCCUCCGGUACGACAUCAUCGAGGGCAAUCGCGACGGUGUAUUCAUGAUCGAUGCUAGCAGUGGAAUCAUUACGACCCGAGACGUUGAAAGCAUCGGAUCAUUCUACAAGCUUGGCGUUCGUGUGUCCGAUGGGAAGUUCUCGAAGGUGGCGUACGUGAACAUCCAAGUCGAAACGUCGGAGAACUCUGGACUGAUUUUCCAGAAGUCAAUCUACGAGGGUUCCAUUUUGGAGAACAGCACAAAGAUCACAACAGUCACGGUUGUGAAUGUGCUUGGCUCGAAUCUGAACGAGCACAUCGAGUUCAGCAUACUGAAUCCUACCGAUAUGUUCAAGAUAGGGCUUACGUCGGGUGCAAUCCAAACCACGGGCAAAAAGUUUGAUCGAGAAGUUCGCGACAACUACGAACUGAUAGUGGAGGCUCGUUCACAGCUACCGGAUCGGGAAAAGCCACGCGUAGCGCACGUCAUCGUGAAUGUUACUAUUUUAGACAUCAACGACAACUGCCCGAUGUUUGUCAAUCUACCGUAUUAUGCCGUUGUGUCGGUGGACGAUCCGCGUGGUUCAGUGAUAACGAAAGUGCACGCGCUCGAUCUGGACAGUUACGAGAACGGAGAGGUGCGAUACGAAAUGAAGCGAGGACAUGGUGAACUGUUCAAGGUGGAUCGUAAGACUGGCGAGGUGACGCUCAAGCAAACCCUGGAAGGACACAACCGGGAUUACGAGCUACUUAUCUCCGCCUACGACGGAGGUAUUACACCAUGUUCGACGGAUGUCACCGUUCAUGUUAAGGUCAUCGACAAAUCGAUGCCGGUGUUCAGCAAACAGUUCUACUCGGACAUGGUGGCGGAAAAUAUCGAGCUCCAUUCGCCACUCUCGGUUGCGAUUCAGGCGGAAAGUCCACUAGGCCGGAAGCUGAUCUACAGCAUCGUGAAGGGCAACGAAAUGGAGAAGUUUGCAGUGGACUUCAACACAGCGCCCGACAGUACGAAUGGUCCAUGUGCAAUCUACGUGGUGGACGAGCUGGACUACGAGCAGAAGCAAAGUUAUGAACUUUUAAUUAGAGCGACUGACAGCGUUUCCGGCGUGUCGGCGGAAGUUCCGGUGUCGGUGCUGGUGCAGGACGUCAACGACUGUCCGCCGGAGAUCGAGCAAGAUAGCUACAACAUCACCGUCUCCGAGCGGGCCCAGUUCGGCACGGCUGUGCUGAAAGUGCUGGCCAAGGAUAAUGACACCGGAAUCAACCAAGUAGUCACUUACGCUCUGCAAACCGACUCGAAGAACACCUCCGAGUAUUUCCACAUGGAUCCAACCGAUGGUGUGAUCUACCUGAAGAAGUCACUAGACCACGAAACGCUCAGCCAUCAUCACUUCACAGUGAUCGCGAGCGACAAAGGAGUGCCCAGUCUUAGCUCCACUGCACACGUGUGGGUUUCCGUUAUGGAUAUGAACGAUAAUCCACCGAAAUUCGAGCAACCAUCGUAUACCUGUGUGCUUUCCGAACAUGCAUCCCGCGGACAGUUCGUAACGGUGGUGUCGGCUUCCGACCCGGACUAUAUCGACCAUGAUCGGCUGACAUACACGAUAGCCCAAGGAAACGAACUGCAAACGUACGACAUCAAUCCGAUCAGCGGAAUAAUAACUCUGGUCAACAUGCAGAACUUCGCCGAGAAGCAUGUUUCCAUCUUGAAUGUGUCCGUAACCGAUGGAGUUUACACCAGUUUCACACGCGUUAAGAUCACGAUUCUGCCCGCCAAUUUGCACAAUCCAACAUUCGAGCACAUGUUUUACGAUGUCAAAGUUAAUGAAAAUCAACUCGCCGGGCGAUUGGUUACCACUGUCAUCGCACAAGAUAAGGAUUUCGGUGAGUACGGCCGUCUCUUCUAUAGCAUCAUCUCCGACGAAAUCCUGGAGUACUUCUCGAUCGACAAAGAGAAAGGUGAAAUCGUCACCAAAAAGAAGCUGGACAGAGAGCAAAAGAAGGCAUACGAAGUACCAAUUAUGGCCGUAGAUUCCGGUGGUCGUGCAGGUUUCACCACUGUCCGCGUGAAGAUCGGCGACGAGAACGAUAAUGCACCGGCGUUCCUUUACCGCGAAUAUAAAGCCCUGAUUCAAGGAAAUCUAACCGUCAAUACAACAUUCUUCCGAGUGAAGGCCCUCGACGAUGACGAUAAUCAGAAUGCGAUUGUGAAGUAUUCGAUUUUCGAUUCGCAAAACAGUGGAAUCAAGGAGCUGUUUGGAAUCGAUGAGAAUACCGGGGGGAUCAACCUCCGGAAAAGUGCUACGCAAUGGGAGAACCAACUCUUCCAAUUCUUCAUCCGAGCGAACGAUGGUGGGACGCCCUCACUCUACACAGACGUUCCAAUUGACAUCUACAUCAUGAGCUCGGCUGACAAUCCGCCAAUAUUCGAGAAGAAGGAAAAAAUGCUUUUCCUUUCCGAGAACUCCCUUCCGGGUACGGUUAUAACCAGGCUGAAGCUGUCCGGCAACGUCACCGCAAAGUAUCGGAUUCUGUCGGACGAACUGGAAGAACCCCAAUUUUCCAUCAACAACGCCGGGGAGUUAAAACUGGCGAAAACACUGGACAGAGAAACGAAAGACGUUCAUCUGAUAGCGAUCCUGGCCGAAACGGAGGCUAGUCCUCCACUGACCGCCGUAACGGAAGUUGUUCUUCACGUUCAAGAUGAGAACGAUAAUACGCCGAUGUUCGAGAGUAAUCCUUACUCGUUCGUAUUGGCUGAAAACAUUGAGAAGGGAAGUUCGAUCAUGAAGUUGACGGCGAGAGACUCGGAUAGUGGUUCCAAUGGCGAUAUACGCUACUCGCUGUCGCCUGAUGUUGGGGAUAUUGUUAACAUUUUCGAUAUCGAUGCUUAUACUGGCUGGAUCACGACGCUCGUGACGUUGGACAAAGAGAAACGCGAUGAUUACAAAUUCCAGGUGAUUGCGACCGAUAACGGUCAACCGAAACAUUCUACACGCACAACUGUGAUCAUCCGUUUGAAGGAUUACAACGAUUGUCCUCCGGUGUUUAAAGAAACCAACUAUAAGGCCAGUGUUAGCGAGGAUGCUCUGCCCGGGACGGUCGUUCUGCAAAUUGCUACGACGGACAAAGAUGUUGAUUUGAAUACCCCCAUCGAGUACUACAUCAUUUCCGGGGAUCCGUUGACUCAGUUCCAGAUCAAAAAUAGCGGGGAAGUGUUUGUGGUUAAAGCGCUGGAUCGCGAGAGCAUUUCCCAGUACGAACUUGGUGUGAUCGUCACCGAUGGAAAGUUCACAUCAACGGCGAAUAUCUCGAUCGCGGUGCUGGAUGCGAACGACAAUCCUCCUUACUGCUUGAAGUAUCGCUAUCGCGAGCAGCUAAGUGAAGGAAUACAUCCGGGCACUUUCGUGCUGCAGAUCCAGGCGAAUGAUAUUGACGAACCGGCCAACAGUCGGUUGCGGUUUUAUUUGACCGGAAACGGGUCGGAGGAUUUCAAUUUGGACAAAGAUUCGGGUCAGCUGAAAACUGCCCGGCAACUGGAUCGUGAGACGCAAUCGAAGUUUCAUCUUACGGCACAUGUGCAAGAUCGCGAUCAUCCUGGGUGGGAGUGUUCUUCACAGAUCGAGAUCGUUGUCACGGAUUUGAACGACAAUAGUCCAGACUUCUCCAUGAACCCGUACAGUGUCACGCUGCCCGAAGAUGCCGAGGUCGGGACGUUGGUGACGAAAAUCCACGCAACGGAUGCGGAUAUUGGGAUCAAUCGGAAGAUUAAGUAUUACUUUAUCGAUUCGUAUCGGGAGCAUUUCCGGAUUGCAGCGGAUAGUGGGAUUGUAACGCUGGCGAAGCCAUUGGAUAGGGAAGUGAAAGCGGUUUACAAUCUGACGGUCAGAGCAACUGAUCAGGGUAAGCCGACCCUCUCGAAUUCGGCUUUCCUGAUUGUGAACGUUCAGGAUAUCAACGAUAAUCCGCCGGAAUUCACGUCGAAGCAUUACUUUGCCUCCGUUCCGGAGAUUAACUCGAUUGGGUCGGAGAUCCUCAAGGUGCUCGCCACUUCCAAAGAUACUGGUAUAAAUGCGGAAAUUUUCUACUCCAUUAUCGGUGGAAAUGAGCAUCGGAAAUUUGCCAUGAAUAACAAAACGGGGAUUCUGUCGCUGGCCGACAAUUUAGACUACGAGCGAGCCAAGGAUUACUUCCUCACCAUUCAGGCGGUGGAUGGAGGAACGCCUCCUCUGAGUAAUCUGGCCACGGUGAACAUUUCGGUGACUGAUAGCAAUGACAAUCCUCCCCAGUUCAAUCAGAAUUCGUACACAGCCAGAAUCCGGGAAGAUGCCCAAAAAGGGGAUAAAAUUCUGCAGGUGCGAGCGAAUGAUAUGGACUCGGAAGAGAAUGGGAGAGUGAGCUACCGGAUCGAGCGGGGAGAUCGAAUGGGUCAGUUCGCCAUCGAAGAGGAUACGGGAUACAUUUCGGUGGCCGGAACGCUUGAUAGGGAGUCAAUCUCGAACUAUGUUCUGGAGGUCCAAGCGAGAGACAACGGGUUUCCAACGCUCACAGCUUACGUGCUGGUGAAUGUUGAAAUUUCCGAUGCGAACGAUAAUCCCCCGAUGUUUACCCUCCAAAACUACACCGCCGUUGUCCAGGAAGAUAAGCAGAUUGGUUACACGCUACUAAAGUUUGAAAUAACCGACGCAGACGCCGCGCCGAAUGCCGCUCCGUACACAUUUGAUUUCCGUGCCGGAAAUGACGGUGGCGCGUUCCGAAUCGAGCAGGAUGGGAUCCUCCGAACGGCAGCUCGAUUCAACAGCAAAAUUCAAGAUUCUUACCAGCUUCAAAUUCGUGUGUUCGAUAAUGGCACUCCGCCGCUGUAUUCCGACACUUGGGUCUCGGUGAAGGUUAUAGAAGAGUCGCAGUAUCCCCCUGUUAUCACCCCUCUGGAUAUUUCGAUCAACUCAUUCCUCGAUGAGUACCCUGGGGGAGUUAUCGGGAAAGUUUUCGCCACGGAUCAGGAUCAAUACGAUACGCUCACGUUCGGGUUGGCUCCCACUGCCGGCGUUUUGUACGCACCGAAUAACCUCUUCAACAUAUCCCGCAACGAUGGGGUUCUGUACGCAUUCCCAAGACUUGAUGUCGGUGACUACCGGGUUAAUAUCACGGUUUCCGACGGAAAAUUCGCCUCGUACACAAUAGUUAAGGUCGCAGUUGAGCUGGUGACGGACGACAUGCUUGCCAACGCUAUCGUCAUUCGCUUCACGAAAGUAAGUCCAGAAUCGUUCAUCCUUAGCCACCGGAAAGGGUUUAUCCGCUCCGUGCGGAACUCAAUCGGUUGCAAGAUAAAGGACAUCAUGAUCAUUUCGGUGCAGAAAUCGAACGAUGACAUCAAUAUGAUCCACCAUCGGCUGAGGCGAGACGCUUCGGGGCUGCAGAAUGUGACCCGGCACUCGGAACACCAAUACCAGCGCUUCGGUCGCGCCGCGGCCUUAAACGACUUGGAUGUGUUGUUCACCGUGCGCAAGGGCCAAUCGGGCUUCUAUUCGGCGUACGAAAUCCGGAAGGCCAUCGAUGACAAUCUGGAGGAGAUUGAAGAUGCCACCAAGUUGCAAAUUGAUGAAGUCGUGAAGUCAAAAUGUCUACCAAACUACUGCAUUCACGGUGAGUGCGAGGAUAGGCUGGUGCUGGAUCCCAAGAUAGUGAACCCCAUCUCGACGGACGUUACGAGUUUUGUUUCGGCACGUCACAUCCACCGGAUGGAAUGCAACUGCAAGGAGGGAUACGGCGGGGACAAGUGUCAGCAUGCCAUCAAUGAGUGCUCCAAAUCACCGUGUCCGAACUAUAAGAAUUGCGUUCCGGAUUCGUCCGAUCAAGGCUAUCACUGCAUCUGCCCGGAGGGUUUCGCCGGACCGAAGUGCGAUAGGGAUAUCAGCAAGUGCAACGACGAGACCUGCUACACGCCACGCAAUCCGGUUUCGUUCAGUGGGAAAAGUUAUGCCCACUAUCGGAUUGAGAAGGAGAUCGCGAAGAAGAAUCUGGAGGAUCAGCUGCUGUUGAGUCUGAGAAUCCGGACGGUGCAACCGACGGGAAACAUAAUGUACUCCGCCGGUAAGGUCGAUUACAACAUUCUGGAAAUCGUAAACGGAGUCAUUCAGUAUCGGUUCGAUCUGGGCUCGGGGGAGGGAAUGGUCAGCGUGACCAGCAUAUUCGUGUCCGAUGGGCUGUGGCAUGAGGUUCGACUAGAGCGGGAGGGUAAUAGUGCGCGGGUUAAUGUAGACAACAAACAUGUAGCGAGUGGAAAUGCUCCGGGAGUUAACGGAGUGUUGAAUCUGCAAUCGGAUGAUAUCUUUUUCGGUGCUGAAGUGAAACAACAUCCCACGGUGCUUGGGUUCGAAGACAUCCAACGUGGUUACAUGGGUUGCAUGGAUGACAUCAAACUAUCCAAGAUCCCGGUUCCUUUGCACAUGAAUGGUGCCAGUUCGGUGGCAAGUCUGCGACGAUUCGCAAAUGUAGAAUUUAGUUGCGACGCAUCCUCGAUGCUUGUCCCGUUGGGAGUGUGUGGGACACAACCCUGCUGGAACGGUGGCACUUGUACCGACAUCGGAGGUGGUAACUUCGAGUGUCUCUGCCAUUCAAGAUUCUCCGGAGCGUUCUGCAAGGAAGAUCUGGAUCCCUGUGCGUCUUCCCCUUGCCUUUAUGGUGGAAAGUGCACUAAGGUUGGUUCUGGGAACUACUCGUGUGAUUGUCCAGCGAGAAUGUCCGGAAAACGAUGCGACUAUGGAAGGUUCUGUACUCCGAAUCCUUGUCGAAAUGGGGGCGUUUGUGAAGAAGGCGACGAAGGGCCGCUCUGUAUGUGUAGAGGCUACACAGGAACAACUUGCGAGAUCGAUAUCGAUGAGUGUGAGAAACAACCCUGUGGAAACGGUGCAACUUGUAUCAAUGAAGCUGGAAGCUUCCGCUGCGUCUGUCCACCCGAAAUGACCGGUACAAGCUGUGGUGAUCCGCUGUAUACAUUUCCCUUAAGAAUUCCGUUCAAUCGUGUGACCCAGGAACAGUGGAUUAUAGUUGGAUGUAGUAUCGUAAUACUUCUGAUACUGAUCGUGGUGACAUGGGGAGUGGUUUGCGUCUGCAAAAAGAAGCGACGAAUCCAUAGACACGACAAAAUCAACAACGACGGCAAAACAACAAUGGUGUUAAAUUCGGUUUCGGACAAUUCCCAGUACAAGCGAUCCUCAAAAAUGAGCAAUCUGGAGAUCAUCCAGCGAGACAUGCAGCAAAGACCCGUGUCCUACACGCCAAGUAGCAACAACGACCACGCAGCAUACACCUGUAAUGCGAUGCUACAGUACAACAAUCUGGACACGCUCAGAAGCUACGGUUCCGCCGGCGACGAACUUGAAAACGUCCCGCCAGAGUACAGAAAAGCCUCAGUGCGACCCAACCAGCAGUUAGUGAACAUCAACAGUGGCAACGCAAGCGGGGACACAGAAUCCCUCCACAAACAGAAAUGGGCCGACCAGAUGCAGAUGCAAACGUUCAGCGACAGCAAGAUCAACAAUGACCUCAAACGAAUAAGUCCGAUCUCGUCGUUGGACUCCCACCGAUCCGCUUCACUGAAGCAUCACCAGCAGCAGCAGCAGCAGCAAACAGGUAUUCUUCCCGGUCGACUGCUCAAUAUGCCCCACUCGCCAACGCUCCUACAGCCUCCGCAUAGUUUCGAGGAAGCAGCCAGUCUGUCGCACGGUGCGUACCACUGGGAUUGCUCCGACUGGGUUGGCCGAGGGCAUCAUCCACUGCCGAACAUAACGGAGGUACCGGGCAGCGAAGUGCCCGACUCGUCCAGCUUCCACAGCAACGAGAGCAAUGAGUCCCACCCGAAGAACAAUCUUUUGCCUCCGAUCUUGGGACCAGUGGAUCCAGCGCGAGACAUCGAGACGCUGAACGAAGACAACGAGUCGGAGUUUGUGGACGAUUCCGAGUGUGAUCAAAGCGAGCAGCCGCUAUCGUUGGGCUUUGAGGAGAACACUUCCAUUCCAUGUCUGAAUCCUCUCGAUAGCGGUAGCGAGGAUUACAGAUUCAACACAGUGCCUUUAAAAGUUAAUACACCUGAUAGUUAUCUACGACAUCCGAACAGCUACUUGCCGAAAUACAACAUCCAGAGUGAAACGGAUGGCGAAAGCGCACCGCUGACCGGAAGUGUCAAUCGGAAACUUCUCAAUGGAUUGGAAAUCGGUCCACACCAGCUGGUCGAAUCCGACGAUGAGGACAUCCAAGCGUAUGGUUUCCCACAGAAGCGACGCAACCGACGCGAAGCAAGUGACAUUGGCUUAGUUUUUAAUCGAAGUGGCGAGGGAAGCUCUCUUCUUAGCCAUUCACGAAAUCUGAAUAGCUCUAACCAUUCGAAUAGCGACCUCUCGACUCACCUGUGCGAGAUAGACGAUUCCGAGUUUGAGCAGGAACAAAUGCAGCAUCAGCAUCAAAUGCAACACCACCAGCAGCAGCAGCAGCAACAUCAGUCCACCUCAUCACUGUCAUCCGGUGGUCCAAGCAGACCGAAACAAAACAAGGUGAAGUGGGCCAAUAUCGUGCAGCAGACGGAGGUCUGACGGCAGCUCGAAGGCAGCGACCAUUCAGUGCUAAACGCCAAGACUAACUAUAGCAUUAGUUUUCUUUUGAUACUGUUCACUAGGUUAACUUAUUUUAUUUAUUUUAACGCAAAACUUUUGUAAUAGCUACUCAGUGUUGUAGGAAAUGUUUUUUCUUACACCCUUUUUUACACUAAUUUUAUCAUUCGAACUCUUUGUGUAGGAAAAAAAUCAAAACAAAAUGUAUGGUGAUCUCCGAAAUUCCCCGUUUAACCCUAACCAUAUCGGUAAAAUUUAGCUAAGUUAUUUACAUUGACAAAACAAAAGAGGUUGCGUGAGAAACAACGUCGAAAGUUCUUAUAACUGUAAGUAGGAUAAUAAAUUUACGUGACGAAGCUCAGAUAAUAUGUGGUAGAUCAAUAGAACGAAUGGGGAUUCUGAGGUUGAAUCGUGUAUAAUCACAAACAAGAAACUAAUGAACCACUUGAGAUUACGAAUCAUUCACACAUUCAUACUAUCGAUGCAACUGAUUACGAGACACAAUAGCGAAAAUUGAAAUAAAUUUCUAAGGUAGUGUUUAACGGUCGGAAGUAACACUACUAGUGAUCCGAGUGGAUUCUUCACACGAAGCAUUGUAAAACAAUAAGGAGAAAAAGAAAAAAAAAUGAUUAGGUCUAUCGUUUUCUUUGACAUUUGAAAAGUCUAUAGUACGUAAGAUUUUUUAUUGUGCAGGAACACUGUUCGAAAGAGAAUACAAUCAAUGACUGAGGUGAAAACUUGGAGGUAGAGAGAGAAUAACUAUUUUGUAUUAAAAAAAAUCAACGCGAUAUCAACACUAUUGAUACAAGAUUUCAGUUAUAUUUACGAAGUAAAUAAGAAACUAAGUUUUCCAUACAGAACAAGCUAAAGGCAUAUAUCAAAUUAGAAACAAAAUAGGUAACAUUGGGAACCGUAAAUGAGAUAUUAAUUUGAGUGUGGAAAAAUCACCAGUAUUCGUUUGUAUUUCUAUACGUUUGGUUCCACCGUUUCCGAUUGAAAAAUCGCGCAUGAUUCCUAUUUUCAAACAAUUAACUGUCAUUUCUAGCCUUUUCCGUUCUUAAAACUGUUUUUGCUAAUUCCAAUUCUUAGUUUAGUACCACAACUUAAUUCUAACAAAGAAGCUAUCACUGACAAAACACUGUUAAUUCUAUGGUGCUCUACUUAACAAACAAACAAACACACACAUACAUGUCUACUUUCGUUUUUUACAACCACAUGGUAGCUAAGUUAGAUAUAAGUUUAUUGCACACAUAUUUUCCGUUUGAAUUCGUGACCGAAAUCAUUGUCCGAAUCGAUAUGGUUAGAUCGACAAUUAAUUUUACUUUCCAUAUUAAACAGUAUCGAUCUGGACAGCAGCUAUUUUUUUAAAAUCGUAAAACAUCGUGCGGAUAGGAGAUAGAAUAAAUUUAAAAAAUCUAAACUGCAUUUAGGGACUCAAAUUAUCAUACAACACAGAGAAAAAAACCUCGGAAAAUCAAAUCCUUAGUUUUAACGGAGGCUUAAUCGUAAUAUAACACGGAGAAUAUUUUUAUUCAUACUCCAAUUUUUCUUUAUAUUCUUCUUGAGAAAUUUUGAGCAGCAACCAACAAACAAUUCAAUGAAUAGUUCAGGUUCAUUUGAUGAUCAUGGGAAUGUAACUAUUUCUGGAGGAGGUCUGCCCGUGAAAGGACAUGAGAAAAAUAAAUCGGUUAAAUGCAUUUAUUGCUCAUUGUAGCGAAUAGAACAUUUUUAUGUAUUUGUUUAGCAAAAUGAACAUUAUUUAAAAUUGAAGAAAGAAUAAAGACUUCUGAGGCGACUUUUUAAA